AUGGCGAUUCGCUUUUCGAGGCCGCCACCCCCGCGACGUUCCAGGAGACUGCGCGUGGUCAUCGUGGGUUGCUUUCUGGCCCUCCUGCUUGCCUUCAUUACAAUUCGAAAUACAUGGUUUCCGCCACCCCCCCUGCCGAUUCCGCCGGCUUCUGAAGACAUUCCCCGAGCGCUGGUGCUGGCGAAAACGCGGUGGGAAAAUGUUCAGUGGGCACAUCGGUUGAGACCACAGUGGAUUCCAUUCGUUUACUCGAUUGACAAGGAGCCAGGCUUCCCUUUGCGGCUCCCAGCUAACCGCGGCCGUGAGGCUAUGGCAUACCUCACCUUUAUAAUCGACAACUACGAUACGCUUCCCGAAAUCACAGCAUUUGUGCAUGCCAAGAAUUAUCAGUGGCAUAACGAUGGCGCAGGAUCCAGAACCGCAGGUAUUUUGAAGAAUCUGUAUAUGAGUACUGUAGAGCGCAAGGGUUACGUGAAUUUACGCUGCAAUCCGGACCCGGGAUGCCCAACGGCAAUCAGUCCGUUCUCUCCAACCGCUGAAGAUAUUCGAACUGGCGACGUCCGAGCUCAUUUCCCCGAGGUGUACAUGGCCUUGUUGAACGUGACACGAAAAGAGGUCCCGAAGAGAAUAGGAUCAGUUUGCUGCGCGCAGUUUGCUUUGAGCAGGGAUCGAAUCCGCCUGCGGCCGCGGGACGACUACGUUCGGAUGAGAGAGUGGGCCCUAACGGCUGACUUUGAUAGUCAGACGAUUGGAUGGGUUUUCGAGAUGAUAUGGCAUAUCAUUUUCAAGGAAGAUGCAGUUUUAAAUCCAGAGAUGGAAGAAGAUUCCGUAGUGUUCACUAGAGAGGGGAUGAAGGGUGAAGCUUUGGCUCAGAAACUAGCACUCGUAUGCCUGGAUGAAGAAAUCGGAAAGUCGAAGAACUUGAGAAAGGCAGCCCCCAUAAAGUUCAUCGUCGUUGGGGGGUUUGUUGCUGUUACCUAUUUCCAGAAUCGCGAUACUACAGAGGACCUGGACUACAUGCUUGAUCCAUCGCUCGAGAAUUUGGGAAAGGUGAAGGAGAAGCUUAGUCGAGCAAUAAAAACCGUUGCUAAAAGGAAGGGAUACGAUGAUGAUUGGGUCAAUGAUAAAGUCCAAGUGUUUGCUCUUGGCGAUUCUGCCCAGCCAUUGUUUCGAGAUUCAAUGGCCCAAAACAUCGUGUUAUGGUCAGGGAAACAUCUUAUUAUUUAUGCAGUGAAAUGGGAAUGGUCACUGGCGCGAAAAGUAAAACGAAUUGGCUCUACGAAACGCGAUGCUGAUGUCAGCGAUGCAGUUGUGCUGUUGAGAAAGAUUGUGGAAGAGACUGGGAAACCAAUACCAAGAACAAGAGCCAAGAGCUGGGAUCAAAUUGUGUUUACACCUAUUGAAGAUAGUGCACUCGACAGGGUCGCUGAAGAGUACGAAAAAGUGGAAGAGAUUGAAAGAUGUCCUAUCAUCCACGAUGAACGCCAACCCGGAAUUCUACAACUCUACAAGAUCCCGAUCUACCGUAUGCGGGAUACACCACUCCGCUCGCUAUAUCGACUCUAUGAGGAUCUCUGCGCCUCUGAUUUCAUUAUGCUGGGCUACGAGUGCACAUAUUUCUUUCACCAUAGCGAGCCUUCCUGGUCACUAGCCUGCCUUCCCGACCCUCAAGACAAUGAUCCUGUCCGAUAUUCCAUUCUUGCUAGUAUGGUAGAAGCACUUGUCGAAGCAUUCAACUGUAGGCUAGAACUUGGAAUCCGUCGUGAUAACACAACUGAUUUAUCUGAAGAACGAAGCUCUAAUUUUACCAGCAAGAAGGCGCCGUCUUGGACCUCAGAUGUUACCGCCGUCACAAAAACUCUGGUUUUCUGCGAGGUUGGCUCCGGUAGCUCUGACAUGACAAUGGAACAACACUUUUUGAAGAGGAAUAUAAAAAUACCAAAUGGGUAUUUUUAUACAGUAUAG